AUGGAUAGUGAUUCCACUGAAAAGGGCGCCGUGUUCGAGACUCCAGUGAAUGCAGUCACACCAGUCAACACAACCAAUGUCGACAUCACAAGAAGCACUCCAGUUCUGGAAAAGAGAUUCAAUCUCUUGAGUGCCUGUGCAACCGGUAUCACCACCGGGAAUACCUGGACGGCUCUGGGCGGUGCUAUUAUUGCCUCGCUAUAUAAUGGAGGACCCCCUGGAAUUAUAUAUGAAUUCAUCGCUGUUUCCGUCUUCUACUGGUUUAUUGCAGCGUCAAUUGCCGAACUAGCUUCGGCAAUUCCCGCGUCUGGCGGAGUUUAUCACUGGGCCACUGUGACUGCAGGGCCUCGGUACGGCCGGGUUUGCGGCUGGUUUGCCGGAUGGCUUAAUUGCCUUGCGUGGACUUUUGGUAUAUCAGCCAACUGUUCCAUCAUCGGCAGCAUGAUUAUCUACGCCUAUUCCUUAUUCCACCCUACGUUUGAGCCACAACGUUGGCAAGUCUUUAUUUGCUAUCUAAUUACGUGCUGGGGUUGCUGUUUUACCGUCAUGUUUGCCAACCGUGCGCUCCCCAUGAUUAAUAGGAUCGGAUCGUUUCUCAUCGUUGGUGGCCUUUUUGUCACCAUUGUGGUUUGUGCUGUCAUGCCCAGCCGCAAUGGCAAAGGCUACGCAUCAAAUAAAUUUGUUUGGAGUGAUUGGAGCAACGGGACGGGCUACUCGAGUAACGCCUUUGUCUUUCUAGCAGGCAUGCUCAAUGGUGCGUUUGCCGUGGGCACGCCAGACUGUGUCACUCAUAUCGCCGAAGAGAUUCCUCAGGCGGCGAGGAACCUUCCCAAAGUUUUACUCUGCCAAGUGGCCAUUGGAUUUGUCACAGCCAUUUGUUACAUGAUCUCCAUGUUUUACGCCAUCAAUGACCUGCCAACCAUCUUUGAGGCCGAAUCAAUUUGUCCACUUGGCGACAUCUACCUCCAAGCAACGGGGUCAAAAGCAGGCGCCUUGGGCCUUUUGCUCGUCAUUAUGCUACCGAUUUUCUGUGCAACCAUCGGUUGUUACAUUACAGCAGGACGAACACUAUAUACACUUGGGCGCGACAAUGCUGCUCCGUUUGCCAGCAAGCUCGGAGCAGUUAGUCCUCAAUGGCACAGUCCUCUGUAUGCAACUCUAGCUUGUGGAAUCUUCUCCACCUGCAUGGGCGCUGUUUAUAUUGGAUCACUAGCUGCCUUUAACGCUUUUAUCGGCUCAUUCAUCCUGCUUACAACCCUCUCAUACCUUCUCGCUAUCCUCCCACAUCUGCUUACUGGUCGCAAAAAUGUUCGACCAGGCCCAUUCUGGAUGGGAAGGGCUGGAUUUUUGGUAAACGCCAUUUCUUGCAUCUAUAUUCCGGUGUCAUUCGUCAUUUACUGCUUCCCAUAUGCCUUGCCUACAUCCGUCGAGUCUAUGAACUAUACUAGUGUCAUAACCGUUGGCCUGGCUUUUCUUGUCGGUCUGUGGUGGCUGGUCCAUGGGAGAGACAACUAUGUAGGCCCUGACAUGGGAUUACUAUCACAAGAAAUAUAG